AUGACUAUUGCUGCAUAUGCGUAUGAAACAAAUGAAGCAAGAAGAGCACAUGAACUAGUAAACGAAAACUCAACUUUAACCAUUGAAGGCAAUGAUUUAGUCAUUGACGAUGGAAAAACUAAAAAAGUCAUUGAUUUCGAUACUUUUAACACUUAUGACCCAUUCAUUACAAUAAGUAAAGUUCCUAUCAUAAAUGAUGGAACGGUGCAAUAUAUAAAUUCUACAGUAGAUGCCUCAUUAGUGAAAGUAUUAAAUGUUCUCAUUGAAUUGUUAAAGAGCUUUCGAUUUGACGACAACAUUAAAUGCCUAAAGAAUUUAGUCAUGAAUGAGAAACAAAUUCUCGGCGUUGCUGGUAGCAGUAAUGAUGUACACCUUAUGACAUUAGAAUAUUAUAACGAACAUAAAGAUGAACUGAAAGGAGAGAAGGGUGACACUGGACCUCAAGGACCACAAGGAAUACAAGGAAUUCAAGGACCUCAAGGCGAAAACGGUUUGGAUGGAAAGGAUGGAA